AUGGUUCUGACAAAGCUGACUCCAAAUGAGUGCAUUCAGAUAGAUGGUCAGGAGAGAAGUUCUUAUAUUCACAGCAAAACAGGCUUAGGAAAAGUUAAACAGAAGCAAAGGGGUAGCAAAAAGCACGACCUGGCCCUGCAAUACCACCUAAAAAGCAAUGUUGAUUGGAAGACUAAUAAGCACUUCCCUGUCCUCACUGUCUCUUAUUCUCCUGAAGUUGUUCAAAUGUCUAGAAAGAGCAAAAGGGUGUGCUUUAGUCCUGAAGUCAAUGACAAACUAUCCAUCUUUCUCAACAAGCACAGCGAUGGUGGCGACAACAACAAAGACGAUGGUAGAGUUUCAAGAAACAGGAUGAGGAUCACCAGAACAUGUACGUUCAGAUUGCAUAUGGACACAAACUCUUCUCCGGUGAGGUUGCUACUGAGGCUAGGAGAAAAGGUGGCAAGUGCUAUAAGAAGUGUUUCUGUGAGAAGGAGAUCCUCCAGGAAGGUUUCGUCAUCCACUUUGAUGAGGUCACGUUCAUUAUCAGACCUCACUGAUUCACAUCGAGCUGAAACUGUAGAAGAUUGCAUUGAGUUCUUGCAUUCCUCUUCAUCUAGGGAGAGACUAAGUUGA